AUGAAGUUCUUACCCUCCCUCAUUGUCUUCGGUCUUUCUGCCCAGGCUCUUGCGAGCCCUUACGUUGAUCACUACGCUACCAAGGACCAGCAUGAUCUUAAAGAUUACAAGUCCGUCAUCGAAGAUAUUAGCCAGGCUGUGAAACAGUUCAACACGGAUAUUAAUAACUACGGGGGCGGUGAUAUCUCACCCCUUCUCACUGACUUGAAUACUAUUAUCCAAGUCAUUACGCAAGGGAUUCAGAAACUGCAAUCUCAACCUUCCCUUCUUGAGAUGGAGGCCGGUAUCCUUCUUAUCGCUGUUCAGGGAGUAAAGGGACAGAUUCUAUCGGCUAUCGAAGCUCUUAUCCGUAGUAAGGAGCUUCUUGUUACUGGCGGUUUUGGUUCUGAGAUUCUGCAGUGUCUUCAGAAACUGCAGCAGGUUGCCAUGCAAUUCGGUGGCGUGGUCUCCCCGAAGAUUCCCUACGGCGAAGUCGGAGACACGUAUCAACAGGUCUCCGAUCAGAUCAUGCAGGCCAUCCAGAGAGCUAUUGAUGACUUCUCCCCUGGCCCUGGCCCUGGCCCCACCUCUACCAGCUCUAAAGGCUACUAUUGUUGGCCUUGGAUUUCAUCCUAUGCCUACUGA